AUGAUAAUAGUUUCUGAAAAGCCGCCAAGUUGGUUGAUAUAUUUAAAAACAAAAUUUUCAUGAAUAAAUUGAAAAACUUCAUAUAAAUUUAAAAAACAAAUAGCCUUUUAAUGAAAGUGCUUAUUUGGAGGUUAGGAAAUAAAAUUCUUGAAAUACAUAUUCAAGAGAGUACUUUUUCAUACACCAUAUAGGUGCAUUGUAUAGGUAGUUUGUGGUGUUUAUUUAUCGAGGAUUACUGUCGAUGCAUACACAUAACGUUCCUUUAGCUUAUUAUAGUUCCUUAUAUACUAUAUAUAAUUAAAAACAUUGGAAUGGAUAAGAGGUUCCAGGAAUUCCUAUUCGCUAUACUGCUCAUUAUCAAUUUUUCCACUCGUUCUGACGUAAAAUGCAUAAUUUCUCGUUUUUCUAUGUUCCGUGCACUAUUGGUGUGAUUUGUUUGAUAAAACCGACAAGAACAAAGUUGCCUUCAAAUUUUAUCACUUAAACUUUAUAAACCAUGUUUAUCAUUAAUUCAACGGUCUCGUUAACUAUAGUUAGAAAAAAAUGUCAGAUUUUAAUAUAUUAAAUAGAUCACAUUCCGAAUCAGACAUCUACGUAUCUCAAUUUAACAAUUUAACUGUAAGUUCUCUCGACAAAAAAAUUUUUAACAAUUUUCGUAGUUCUUGUUCAUCUAUUGUGAGACGAAUUUAUAUGGAAGAAGUAUUUUGUUCUAAUGGAAAACAAACUGGAAACAUGAUUAGGAGAUAUAGUUUAAUAGAUAUGGAAUAUGCCCCUAAAGAAAGAAAACUAGAAGAAAACAAUGACGAGGCUGUUGAAGAGGUUCCAAUGGAAGUGGAUAUUUCAUUUUCUAAUGAACAAUUUUCAAAUAUAAUGGAAUCAGAUGAGUUAGUCUCUCUACCAAGAUUAAGAAAAGUUAAUGACUUUGAACAUAAUGAUGAAACUGACUGUGAUAGUAUGCAUAUUCUACCAGAACGAACAAAACCCAGAGUAAUUCACAUUAAUCCUAUUAAAAAGAUCUAUAAAUGGAAUAUACCAGUUUUCGUAAUUUUUAUAAUAAUUAGUAUUACAUGCCUAAUUUUUUCCACAAAUCUUACUAUUUUUACGGUAAAUAGUGAAAUUCAACUAGAAAAUAUUAGGAAUGAUCUGAAAUUGAAUAUUCAUGGACACAAAAAUUUAAUAGACAGAUUUAUUCACAUUUUAGAUAAAAGAGAGAACUGGUCUGACAAAUUACAGAUCAUCAGUUUCAUAGGAUCACAGGGAGUAGGUAAAACCUUUUUUGUAGGAUUAGUGAAGGCACAUUUUUCAAAUCACUUAUCACAUGAUUUAUAUGGCACACAUUUAUUAUACAAUAAUCAAAAGCAAAAGAUUAUAGAUGCUAUCAAUGAUUGCUGCUUGAAUUUGAUAGUAAUUGAUGACUUAAAACUAACUGAUACAGUUGAUCUUUUUUCAUUUGCACACUCUCUUCCUAAGAAUUCAUUUAUUUUAUUAAUUGCAAUUUUCAAUACUCAUUAUACUGGCAAUGUAUUAAAUCCAGUUAUUAAUUACAAUGAUAUAAUCAAAAUACGUGAUGAUUUCAAUGAUUCAGGUAUUAAAAAUUAUGAAUUGUUUGUAUUUGAAGAUUUUACAUAUGAUCAAAUAGAAGCCUGGGUAAUAAAAAGACUUGACUCGCACAGAAUUUCUACAUCAGCGCGUCAAGAAAUUUUGCAAAAUAUUCUAAAUACGCAUAAUAUCAAACAUGGAUUGAAAGGGCUUCAUUCUAAGAUACUUCUGGAAUUGGAAAAGUAUAGAACAUAAAAUAUUCACAUGAUCUUACACUAUUGAAAGUCCAGCACUGAGAAAUGUUAAUUUUUGGAUUUAUAAGAAAAGAUUUUUGUUACACAAGCAAUGAUAUCUAUAAACUUUUGUUUUGACUUCAAUGAGUGGGGACUCUUAUUGAACUGUUGGUCACUCAAUUCACUCAGAAUGUCUGCUAAAUCAAAAAUUACUAGGGCUCAAAACCUAAAAGUUUCCAUAUCUUCAGUAGAAAAGCAUUAUUACUGAUUAUCAGUUGUUUGUUACUUUGUUUUAAUUUUGUUUUGUAUUUGAAAUAUGUGUACAAUCUAUCAUAUCGAUAGCUAAUGGUAAUUUGAAAUUUUAUUAUAUAACAAUACAAUGUCUGUUUAUGAUUGAUUGUUCCUUCUCUGUGGACAAGUUUUAUUAAUUAAAUAUGUAACAGAAUGUCCAAAUAUCCUCUAUAUUUUUCGUAGCCCACUGAAAUGGAGAGAAGGCAAGACUGCAUUUUUUAUAUUAUGUUAUAAUGUAGAAUAGAGAAUUUUCCUUUCAGCCAAAAUAAUGUUUUCAAUCUAUAUUUUUUAAAUAUUUCUACAUAAGACUCGAUAUUUGUAUCCUUGUAAAUCUCAACGCUCAACAGGAACGGAUCCUAAUGGUGAAAUUACAAAAAUUUCUUUGGAAGGAAUACAUAUAUCAGAUGCGGUAUAUGUCUAACAAAUGGUAUCUUUGGUCUCUUUAAUAUUAGGCUCCGUCCCGUUAAAUGUGUACCUGCGAGGUAUUAUAAAAAUUUUUGAAUAGUGGUGGAAAAAAUUACAUAUUUGGAGAUUAUUCCUCAUAAUUUGUUAAUAUGACUAAACAAAAAGAAACUCAAAAAGCGCAAUAUUGUUUUCUUUUGUAUUAUUCAAGUUGAAAAUGUCACCCUGCAAUUAUAAAUCAACUUUAUUUAAAAUACCAAUAAUAUCCAUUAAGUAACUAAUAAAUGUAUUUUACAAUAA